AUGGCAAACCAGUACUCGUGUAACUGUAUGGCAAACAAGCACUCUUACAUCUGUAUGGCAAACCAGAACUCGUGUAACUGUAUGGUAAACCAGUACUCGUGUAGCUACAUGGGAAACCAGUGCUCGUGUAACUGUAUGGCAAACCAGUACUCUUACAACUUUACUGCAAACCAGUACUCGUAUAACUGUAUGGCAACCCAGUGCUCGUAUAACUGUAUGGCAAACAAGUACUCGUAUAACUGUAUGACAACCCAGUACUCGUGUAACUGUACGGCAAACCACUGUUUGGCAAACCAGUACUCAUGUAACCGUAUGAGGAAACAGCCCUCGUAUUUCUGUAUGGCAAACCAGUACUCGUGUAACUGUAUGGCAAACCAGGGCUUGUAUAACUGUAUGGCAAACCAGUACUCGUGUAACUGUAUGAGGAACCAGCCCUCGUAUAACUGUAUGGCAAACCAGUACUCGUUUAACUAUGAGGAACCAGCCCUCGUAAAACUGUAUGGGCAAACCAGUACUCGUGUAACUGUAUGA